AUGAUUCAAGUGGAGAGUUUCAAGCGGCCGUCGCCGUCUCCCUCGCGGAGCUCAGUGCGCAGCGAGGGCCGUGCGGGCCGACAGCCGCGCGUCAUCACGGUCAACCGCGACGCCUCCACCAUGGUGGAGGGCGAGGCGAGCGCCGGCCCCGCCUGCGCUGAUCAGGACUGGGACUGCCUCGCCGCGCACGCGCCGCAUGCCCCGCACGCGCCGCACGCCGCGCACUUCCGCUCGCGAACCUUCAGCGACGGCUUCAUCCGCAACACCAGCCUCGAGCUGCUACUCGGCGUCGACUGCGAGGCCUGUCUUGCUCUCGCCGCACAACGACAAUGCAUCGACAAACACAUAUCAGAACAGGAAUUCGACUUAGUAUGUAACUGCAAUGUUCAACAAAACAAUUACCUUAACUGCCACCGCGAUAUCGGCGAUCACAGAGGACACACUCUUAAUAUUUAUGAUUUAGAGAGGAUCAAACGCGACGCCGGAAGGAGCCAUCUCGCGAUUGGUUCGCAUCGCAGCCUUGACCGGAAGAGCAAUAAAAGCAAAACUAUAGGUGUGUCAAAUUAUAUUUCAAAACAGUUAAUAUCGUAUGAUCCCACGAACACGCUGAUGCAGAAAAUAAAACGGAAAUUGUCUAAUUUAAAAAAGAUGGGUGGCGAAGUUAUGUCAAAAAAACACCAGAACGCGGUCCAACUGGCGGAGAUAACGUCGGGCUCCUCGAGCUCUCUCAAGAAACUGUCGAUGUUGUCUCUAGCCGAUAAAUCUCAGAGAAGAGUUAAUAGCCAAAGUUGCAUUUAUUCGUCGACGGGAUAUCCUAAAGACGAUUCUAAACACGCAUCGACGUACGCGAACUUUUCUGGCAACGUAGACCAGUGCUUUGACAGAUUAAGGGACUGCAACAUAAGCUCGGACAUGAAUAGGCGAUCGACUCACAAAAUGAUUAAAAUGCGUAGCUUCGAUAAUAACGACGAUGUCGCGUCUAGAAACUGUUCUUUGGAUUCAAUGAAAUUUUCUACUUUAGAUAAUCGCAGUCGAUGUAGAAGUAUAAGAAGGCAAAUGUCAUACAACGAUUUUCCGAGUGAACGGUUUAGGGAUAAUAGAAUAUCGGAGACGUGGGCUCGGGAGGACACGCUCGAAUCGAGGAGUACUCACACGGACUUAGUGGAUGACGAGGCGGAAACAUUCGCGGACGCUGACGUCAUCAUGCUGGGUACGCCGCGCGCCGCACGCGCACACUGCACCUGCGACCCCGCUCGCGCCACGCGGAUACCUUCCAUAUUCUUCGAUACACAGGAGAAAAAGCGUGGUCCCCCAGCCCCGGACGUGACGGAGCGCGCCCAGAACCCCCGCGUGGCCUGCAGCCAGUGCAAGGCCCCCCAGUGGGUUCCCACCGGCACCACCUCCACCACCAGCCACAGCUCUACUACAACUGGCAACUCAUCGCGGUUCUCAGUAUGGCACCGGCGCUGGUGCUGCGUAGCUGUCCUCGUGCUGGUGGCUGGCACCGCGUGUGUGGCGGGCCCGCUAGCGCUGCGCGCGCCGCCAGGAGCCCCGCUGCACGAGCGCCUGCGCCUCGCCGAACGCCUCCUCCACGACACGCCACUCGUCGACGGACACAACGACCUACCCUGGAACAUAAGGAAGUUUUUACACAAUAGGAUUAAGGAUUUUAGGUUUGACGAGGAUCUGCGGACGAUCUCCCCGUGGGCCACCAGUUCGUGGAGCCACACGGACCUGCCCCGGCUGAAACAAGGCCGGGUCGCCGCUCAGUUCUGGGCGGCGUACGUGCCGUGCGACGCGCAGCACCGGGACGCUGUGCAACUCACCUUCGAACAAAUCGACCUCAUUCAGCGCCUCACCGAUAAGUACCAGCCGCAACUCACGCUCUGCACCUCCGCUGAUGAUAUAAUAUCGGCGCACGCGAACCACCGCGUGUGCUCGCUGGUGGGAGUGGAAGGUGGGCACGCCAUAGGAGGCUCGCUGGGCGUGCUGCGGACACUGUACCAGGUCGGCGUAAGGUACCUGACUCUCACCUCCACCUGCGACACUCCCUGGGCCGAGUGCGCCUCCGCCGACCGCCCCGAGCCCGCACCCCGCGGGCUCACACCCUUCGGAAAGGUGGUAAUAAAGGAGAUGAAUCGCCUGGGGAUGUUGGUGGACCUGUCGCACGUGUCGGAGCGCACGAUGCGCGACGCGCUGGCGGUGUCGCGCGCGCCCGUCGUGUUCUCGCACUCGUCGGCGCGCGCGCUCUGCAACGUGACGCGCAACGUGCCAGACACCGUGCUGCGCCUGCUCGCCGCCAACAAAGGUCUCAUCAUGGUCAACUUCUACACCUCCUUCCUCACCUGCAAGGAGACUGCCACAGUCCAGGAUGCCAUAGCACAUAUAAACCACAUACGGGAUAUAGCCGGGGUGGAUAGCGUGGGCCUCGGCGCGGGGUACGACGGAAUCAACUACACUCCCCAAGGUUUGGAAGACGUAUCGUCAUACCCGCUGCUGUUCGCGGAGCUGAUGGAAGAGGGCUGGAGUAUAGAAGAGUUGAAGAAGUUAGCGGGGCUGAACCUGCUACGUGUGCUCAACGCGGCUGAGAAAGUGGCGAAGGAGUUGGCAUCAGCCCACGUCGCGCCGUAUGAAGACAUGCCGCCGAGGUCACUCGACGUGCACAACUGCUCCAGCCAAGACUUGUAAAUCGUCGUCAGGAGUCGGCUAAGGAAAUCGCGCUAAACGUUCCCCUGGAAAUAGCGAAAAUCACGCCUUUGUCUCACUGCCCGACGAUCCGAAUGGGAUUCACUUUGACGUUUGUUCCACGUCCAAUACUGUUAGAUAACCAUAAUUGAAGUUGCUAGGUACUUCUAAGACCGGUAAUGGACGUCAAAUAAAUGUUCAAAUUAAGCCCGUCCCCGCAGCUAUUGUACUUACACAAUGGUCUACCGGCGAAUAAAGUUUUUGCGCCACUCCGAAUACCAACUCUUUAUAAUGUAACUGGCGAAUUAAAUCAUGUAUUCUCCCAAGCUUUAAUAAUUUUUAGACAAAUUAUCAGCGUAGA